CCUUACUGGCAGACCUGGAAUCUACCACCUCACAUAUCUCCAAACGACCAGUGUUUCUAACAGAGGAAACACCUUACUCCUAUCCAACUGGAAACCACACAUACCAGGAGAUUGCUGUGCCACCUCCAGUGCCCCCGCCACCUUCCAGUGAGGCCCUGAAUGGCACUGUGAUUGACCCCUUAGACCAGUGGCAACCCAACGUAUCCAGAUACGUCCACCAGCAACCUCAGUCCCAGUCUCCUAUAUACAGCUCUAGUGCCAAAAGCUCCAGUGCCUCUGUUCCUAGAGACGGGCUCAGCUCUCCUUCUCCCCGUGCCAGUGAAGAGGAACACGUCUACAGUUUCCCAAACAAGCAGAAGUCUGCAGAACCAUCUCCCACAAUGACCAGCUCCUCUCUGGGCAGCAACCUUUCAGAACUGGACAGACUUCUUCUGGAACUGAAUGCUGUUCAACAUAAUCCCACCAGUGGCUUCCCAGCAGAUGAAGCCAGCAGAAGCCCACUGCUGCCUAGCGUGACUGGACCUCACUAUGUUGUUCCAGAGAGCAGCAGCUCUGUGGGAGGGAAGGCUGCACCCCCUACAAAAGAAAAGCCAAAGCGAAAUGGUGCACGUGGGAUCGAAGAUGUGCGUCCCAGUGUGGAGAGCCUGCUGGAUGAGCUGGAGAGCUCUGUGCCAAGUCCAGUCCCUGCAAUCACGGUGAGCCAAGGUGAGGUGAGCAGUCCCCAGCGGGUCACGGCCAGUCAACAGCAGACCCGUAUAUCUGCUUCUUCAGCUACAAGAGAACUGGAUGAGCUGAUGGCAUCUCUCUCUGACUUUAAGUUCAUGGCGCAGGGGAAGGCCGGGAACAGCUCCCCUCCAUCCACAGCCUCCAAGCCUGGCAGUCAGCUGGACACCAUGCUGGGAAGUCUCCAGUCUGACCUGAACAAGCUGGGUGUAGCUACAGUUGCCAAAGGUGUCUGUGGAGCCUGCAAGAAGCCUAUUGCUGGGCAGGUAGUUACAGCCAUGGGGAAAACCUGGCACCCUGAGCACUUCGUCUGCACCCACUGCCAGGAGGAGAUUGGGUCACGUAACUUCUUUGAGCGGGAUGGUCAGCCCUACUGCGAGAAGGACUAUCACAACCUCUUCUCCCCUCGCUGCUACUACUGCAAUGGGCCAAUCCUUGAUAAAGUGGUGACGGCUUUGGACAGGACAUGGCAUCCUGAACACUUUUUCUGUGCCCAGUGUGGAGCUUUCUUUGGACCUGAAGGAUUUCAUGAGAAGGAUGGCAAAGCCUAUUGCCGCAAGGACUACUUUGAUAUGUUUGCUCCCAAGUGUGGAGGCUGUGCCCGGGCUAUCCUGGAAAACUACAUCUCUGCCUUGAACACCCUGUGGCACCCUGAAUGCUUUGUCUGUCGGGAAUGUUUCACACCAUUCAUCAAUGGCAGCUUCUUUGAGCAUGACGGGCAGCCCUACUGCGAGGUGCAUUACCAUGAGCGUCGCGGCUCGCUCUGCUCCGGUUGCCAGAAGCCUAUCACAGGACGCUGCAUCACUGCUAUGGGCAAGAAGUUUCACCCUGAACACUUUGUCUGUGCCUUCUGCCUCAAGCAGCUCAACAAAGGAACCUUCAAAGAACAGAAUGACAAGCCCUACUGCCAGAACUGCUUUCUCAAGCUCUUCUGUUAGAGGCAUCAUAGAUGGGCGCUAAGCAUCUUUCUGCCACCCCCUUGGCAGUUCUGUCUCUCUGAACAUUACUGUGAUUUAGAAACCUUACCAGGCAGGGGAGGGGGUGGGAUGGGAGUGGGGUGGGAGUGCUUUCUGCUGCUACGGACAGGCAGUAGAUCCAGAGAUGAGACGGACCAUUAAACUGGAAAUGCCCUUGCUGUGUCUCAGUAGAGAGAGGCUGAGAUCCCUCAUUACAGUGUGCGUGUCUGUGUGUGUGACUGACAGCUGAGCUUAGCUCCAGGGCUCUAACAGGGAGACUUUAUCCAGCCCUCUCCUGGCAGAAGGAGUCUUUGCCAGUAUGAUUCAGCCUGUGUCAGCUCCCUGAGCAAAUCGUGACACUUGCAGACAACACAGCCCUCU